CAAAUUUUGACACUCGUUCAAAAGAUGGCAACAAUCAAUUCCCUGAGCCCGGAAUUGUUGGAACAAAUCUUCGAAUGCGUCGCAGCAGAUUCGGACAAAUUCAAGUACUUACAAUUGUCGUCCACAUCGGAGAUCUUUGAUACUGGUCCCACAAUACGCCCUUUGCUUCUGGUCAACAAAUCCUUCUACGCCUCAGCGCAACGGAUACACAACCGACACAAAUGCCUCAUCAUCCGCGAGGAAAGUGGAGACGGCGAUACCCAGGAAAGCCUUCAAUUCAUAUCCGAACUUCUGCACGAUCCGUUGAAAACAGAGGUUCUAAGGGGCAUCCGGGAUUUAACAAUCACGUGUGAGCUAUAUUGGAGGCGUCGUGAGGUGGGGUCUGGUGGGCCUGGUGAGCCUGUUAAUGGAUCGACUUAUGAUCAGUACAUUGAACAAAUAGUCACCUUUACUUCCAAAAUUCCCAAGUUGAGGAAUUUAACCUUCAAUGGCGAUCGCCCGAUCCCUUUGUCGCUUCUCCGCGUCCUUGAGAAACAUCAACCUCAAUGCCAUCUCCAUAUCCGAGAGUGGCACCGAAAGAGUGCAGAUAUGGAUCACAACGACCGGGCAGAAAUUGCCCUAGCACAUUCACCCAACCUUCGUACAAUCACAGUCGAGCUCUGGGAUGAUGGGAACACUGAACUUGACCUGCGAAAGUACGCUCUGAAACGCAUCGUCUUGCUGUCUCCACAUCUUGAGAGUGUGGAUAUUAAAGAAGGGACACUGGGAUGCCUUUUGCGCUCUUAUUCUCCACACAAAAGAGCCCAGAUGGACGAAUUGGGCGCCCAGUUCACCACUGGGAAACCAUCGCAGAACAACAUCAAGAGCCUGACAUCAAGGGGCGGUGACCAUGUUAAAAUGCUGGAGGGCGUGACCAACAUGAGGAAGUUGGAGAACUUGGAUAUCGGCUGGAUUCCAAAUUUUGACUUCUUUUCCCCGUUGACAAGGAGACCUCGGUUUGAGAACUUGAGGCAUCUAGCCGUGGAAAUGGGAUAUUGGUACGACUCUAGAGCGCUUCUUCCGGAGACAUGCUUACGAGAUUUCUUGGCUGUUUGCUCACCUCUCGAGAGUCUAAAGAUCGCCGAUCAGCGAGGCCAAGUUGAUCUGUCUGCCAUUUUCGAUACCCACCGCCACUCACUUCGCAAACUUCAUCUCCAUGAAAGCGAACCAAAAUAUUCGGACGAAAGCCCCGACCGCCAUUUCCUCUCUCUAGACGGCAUUCGGGAGUUGCGGAGGCGAUGUCCUCGGUUAGAGGAGUUUACGGUCGAUAUGGAGCGUGUCCCUAAUCAAGGGCAGACCAGAGAAAUCCUCGAAGAGCUUGCGAGGUUCGAAAAUUUGGAGAAGCCCACGCUUUACUUUCCACUGGACCUCGUGAAUUUGGCUUCACCUUCAGACACACCAAAAGCGCCUUCGUUACUUGGGUUCAGGAAUGAAGUGCCAGCUGACCACGUUCCUGCGGAGCCUUUCAACCGCAAGUAUAUAUCCUCUUGGCUGGAGAACAUCUAUUCCUUAUUGCUCCAUCAGAGAAAAGUCAAUCACUUGCCGCCCUUCAAAGAAGUCCGUAUCAAGCUAGGGGAAUGGGAAAGACAGCCGCCCAUGGGCUUACCAUGUGACUGGGAAUGUUUGGAAGGUCGACACAAGCGGUGUUUUGUUUUGAAGCAGUGUGAAGGAAGAACGCGAGAUCAGGCAAAUUGUGAACUGGGAACUGUAAAGUACGUCAGAUGAUAGGAGAUGUUGACAAUUUGGUAAUUACUUAUUCAU